UGCGGCCAGAGACGCCGCCGCCGCCGCCGCGGGGCCCCGGGAGGCCGCGAGCCGCCGCGCUCCUCGGAAUCGCCGCCCGGCCCGGCCCUGGCUUCGGAGAUCAUGUCCAUCCACAUCGUGGCGCUGGGGAACGAGGGGGACGCGUUCCACCAGGACCACCGGCCGUCGGGGCUCAUCCGCACCUACCUGGGGCGCAGCCCGCUGGUGUCCGGCGACGAGAGCAGCUUGUUGCUGAACGCCACCAGCACGGUCGCGCGCCCCGUGUUCACCGAGUACCAGGCCAGCGCCUUCGGGAAUGUCAAGCUGGUGGUGCACGACUGUCCCGUCUGGGACAUUUUUGACAGUGACUGGUACACCUCUCGGAAUCUGAUUGGGGGCGCUGACAUCAUUGUGAUCAAAUACAACGUAAAUGACAAGUUUUCAUUCCACGAAGUGAAGGAUAAUUAUAUUCCAGUGAUAAAGAGAGCACUAAAUUCAGUGCCAGUGAUCAUUGCCGCAGUUGGUACGAGACAAAAUGAAGAAUUACCUUGCACGUGUCCACUCUGCACCUCGGACCGAGGCAGCUGUGUCAGUACCACGGAGGGCAUCCAGCUGGCCAAGGAGCUGGGAGCGACCUAUCUGGAGCUGCACAGCCUCGAUGACUUCUACAUAGGAAAGUAUUUCGGAGGAGUGUUGGAGUAUUUUAUGAUUCAAGCCUUAAAUCAGAAGACAAGUGAAAAAAUGAAGAAAAGGAAAAUGAACAGCUCAUUCCACGGCCUUAGGCCCCCCCAGCUUGGACAGCCAGAGAAAAUGCCGGUCUUAAAGGCUGAAGCCUCCCAUUAUAACUCUGAUUUAAACAACUUGCUCUUCUGCUGUCAGUGUGUGGAUGUGGUCUUUUAUAACCCAGAGCUGAAGGAUGUCAUCGAGGCCCACAAGAUCGUCCUGUGCGCCGUCAGCCACGUGUUCAUGCUGCUUUUCAAUGUGAAGAGUCCUGCUGACAUCCAGGACUCCAGCAUCAUCCGGACCACCCAGGACCUCUUUGCUGUGAACAGAGAUGCUGCGUUUCCUGGUGCUAGGCCGGCGGCUCCCGGCAACCCGCCCUUACGAGUCAUCGUAAAAGAUGUCACCUUCUGUUCCUGUUUGUCUGACAUUCUGCGCUUCAUUUAUUCAGGUGCUUUUCAGUGGGAAGAAUUGGAAGAAGAUAUCAGGAAGAAGUUGAAAGAUUCUGGGGAUGUCUCAAAUGUCAUUGAAAAAGUGAAAUGCAUUUUAAAAACACCAGGAAAGAUUAAUUGCCUAAGAAAUUGCAAAACCUAUCAAGCCAGAAAACCUCUGUGGUUUUAUAACACCUCCCUCAAGUUCUUCCUUAAUAAGCCGAUGCUUGCUGAUGUUGUCUUCGAAAUACAAGGUUCCACAGUGCCAGCCCACAGGGCCAUCCUGGUGGCCCGCUGUGAAGUGAUGGCGGCCAUGUUCAACGGGAAUUACAUGGAGUCCAAGAGUGUACUGAUUCCCGUCUAUGGCGUUUCCAAAGAGACCUUCCUGUCAUUCUUGGAGUACCUCUACACCGAUUCCUGCUGCCCAGCCGGCAUUUUCCAGGCCAUGUGUCUCCUGAUCUGUGCAGAGAUGUACCAGGUGUCCCGGCUGCAGCACAUCUGCGAGCUGUUCAUCAUCACCCAGCUGCAGAGCAUGCCCAGUCGGGAGCUGGCGGCCAUGAACCUCGACAUCGUGGACCUGCUCAAGAAAGCCAAGUUCCACCACUCCGAUUGCCUUUCAACCUGGCUACUGCAUUUCAUUGCCACUAACUACCUCAUCUUCAGCCAGAAGCCUGAAUUUCAAGAUCUUUCAGUGGAAGAACGCAGUUUUGUGGAGAAGCACAGAUGGCCAUCGAAUAUGUACUUGAAGCAGCUUGCAGAAUACAGGAAGUAUAUUCACUCUCGGAAGUGUCGCUGCGCAGUGAUGUAACUAGAGCUUUUAUAAAUACCACUUUUGGUAGUGGUGAUGGUGGUGAUGAUGAUGUUGAACUGUGGGAUGCUUUGGGGUACCAAAAAAGUUCUUGUGAUCUAAACCAAUAAGGGCACUGGAGGAAAAAAUCACUAACAGCUUAAUGUGUUGGUCAGUUCUAUUUGAAAAAAGCCUACUAUUGUGAUUCUUAAAGGGAACAAAAUAUACCAUAAACUAAAACUAAGGCUUCAUCCAACUAUAUAAAGCUGUAAUACAGCUACUUUUGACAUUUAAAAUGCUCUAUUGCUUUAGUGAUGUUAACUCCCCUCCCACUUAAUAAAUGCUUGAACUUAAAAAUCAUAUAGGAUUAACACUUACCAUGUCUGAUCAAUUGCUCUAUUAAGGUGCACUUAAUGAGCCACUAUGACUAUUUCUAUCAUGAGCAAUCUAGGAGAAAUACUGAUAGUCUGAACUUUUUAAAUAGAGUUGUCCCUUGGAUUUUGAAUUUGCAGUGUUACUUGAUUCCAAGUCAGUGACCAUAUUUGAACCCUCAUGAACCAAAGGUUGUUUUUCAUCUGAAUGGCCCAUCUGAGCCACCUUAUCUUGGCCCUGCCCUGCGAUUCCUUUCAGGCAGAAAACCUAACCAGGGCUUGUUUGGGCCAUGAAGCCUGUGUAGACCCAUUUAGCCCACACUGAGAAAGGCUCAUGUUUGGUUCGAUGCCGGUACACCCUGAAAAUCCCUUUUUUUUUGUUAUUGUUAAUUUUAUGAUGGCACCUGGGAUCAAAUCCAGGUCCCAUGCAUGCAAGGCAUGCACUUUACCACUGAGCCACAUCCCAGCCCUUGAAAUUCUCAUGUGAUAAAAGGGCUCACAUUUCUGUUUUGUACACCCCAAAGUCAUGUAUGUCCCCUUGAAGGAUCUGGACUGUUUUUCUUGCUCUAAUAUCAUUUCUCUGAACGUGGAAGAGGCAGGGUAGUCAAAAGAAGAGGAAGGAGGAGGCUGCUGAGGAAGUGAUGAGGGGUUCCCAUCUUUCGGGUCUCUACCGCUGUCAUCUCGACUGUCAAGUGAGACAUGGUCAUGUUGUCUUAGCUUUAAAACACAACACUGGCUCUGAUGCAGACCUACUGGCACUUUCUCGCUCAUUCUGUUAAAACAGGAUGUUGAUGAAAGUAUAACUGAUCAAUGUGACUUUCAGAUGCAUUUAUCAAGAUGCACAUAUAGAAUAUGGUGCUUUGGAGAGAAUCUGCUGUCAAAGGCUUAAGACUCGAUCUAGCACAUUUACCAAAGUUAGGAUGUCCAUAGCAUGAUCAUUUUCAUUUUUUCUGAGGAACUCAAGGAUAUUUAACCAAGAGUAGCAGGAGUCUUGUCUUUUAAGAUUACCCCGUGAGUUAAAGAACGGUUAUAAAUCAGACUGGUUAUGUGUAAAAAAUGUGGCAUUAAGGUGGAAGACAGAACUAUAGUUUCUUUAGCAGUUUAUGGUGACAAAAUUAUCAAAAACUCACAAGCUACAAGGUAGAAAACCAUACACUAUUUAUUGUUGGUUAUACUUAAUUUUGUAAUUUCAGUGUUAUUCAUCAAAAGUUUGGCUAAUGUACUGUACCAUUGCAGUGAAAUAUAAUCCAUUAUUGGAUGUCAAGAGUUAAACAAAAAGGGCUAGAGUGAUAGUAUAGUAGAUUAGGUGCUUGCCUUGCAUGCAGCUGACACAGGUUUAAUCCCUGGCAUCCCAUAAGGUCCCCUGAGCCCAGCCAGGAGUGAUUCCUGAGUGCAGAGCCAGGACUAACCCCUGAGGAUACUAAGGUGUGGUCCUAAAACCAAAAAUAAGUAAAGCAGGAAACAUAUCCUAUGUAGAUCUUCUGAGAAACUUAAUUUUCAUUGGAUUUUGUUGAAGAAAAUCCUGGAAUACACUUUGUUUCUCAUAUUUUAAUUACUUGGGUUAACUUCCUACAGAUCUCGUUUGACAAGGACUAGAGCUGUAAAAAUAGAUACUGUAGAUUUCUAGAAUGCAUUCACAUAGAAGACUGACAGUGAUAGCCUUUUGUUCUCCAUAAACAUUCUUAUCCUCAUGUGAAUCAUAGCAUUUGAAAUUCUAACUCCUUAACUUUUAAUCUAGGGAGUUAAAAAAUCUAAGUCCUACAGGAAUAGAAAAUAUUUUCUUGAAGAAACUAACACUUAAAUAGACCUUAGUCUUUUUUUUUAGGUUGCCAUAAUAUUGUAUUGAGUGGAUGUUGAGUUUGGAGUUUGGUGCUCUGUUGGUGUGGAGUAUAUAGCAUUUAUGAUGAACAGGUGUUACCACACUCGAAGACACACAUGUUCUAAAACCCCAGAGAUAGAACAAUUACCAAAUUAGUUUGCAAUCCUAGACUCAGUAGCUUUAAUUUACUCAAUUUAAAAUGACAAGAAACUAAAAAUUGCUUACAAACUAUGGUGAAGAAAAAUGAGUGUUCUUUUUUUCUGAGUGUCUUUUUUAAUGGAAAGAUGAUUUCUAGAGGGAUGUAUGCUUUGUGCCGAUUUCUGCUUCAGUGUAUUACCCAUAGUUUUAAUUAGCAAGGGUAAUGUAGGGUAGGAUUAGGGCCUUUUCUUUCCCGGCCAUGUUUUCACCUUCUAUAGGCCUUUGUACACUUCCAGCGACUCUGUGUUGAUAUUCUAGGAGACUAGUCUUGUGACAUACAAGUUUCCGUAGCUCAAUGAAACACAUAUGUGGUGGCUUCAUUCACACCGAGCAGUAGCAGAAAAUGCAAGAAUUGGAUAAAUUUGACUUCCAAGUCAGUGAACUUUUUCAACUCUAAUUUUUAAAACUACACUACAACAAUACAGUACAGUAGACAAACAUGUCCUCAAGGGUACUUUAUUUCUCUACAGUGUUUAAUUCAACCUUUAAUAAUUUUGCAAAGAAGGGUAUGUGUGUAUUUUAAUAUAGCCUGACCUGAUUUAUAUGUUUUUAGCUUUAGUAUUUAACAUUUUGUAACAAAUAAACAUUUUUUUUUA